CGUGCUCCCGCCAUGCUUCAGUCUCCCGUGCUGCGCAAAUGAAUUCGGUGCUGCUGCUGUGGUCUGCAGCAAAAAAAUUGCACUAAGAACUCCAACCUUGGGCGGCCUGAGAAGAGAAGACAUACGUAAUUUUAAAUGUGGUAACUUCUGCAAAGGUCUCUCCAUGUCAAGCCUAGGGGCUGGCAAGUUUGGAACGAAAGCUGUGUCAGUGAUGAGACGUCAACAGUACAAGCAACAAACAGCUACACCCGUGCAUGGUCAGUUCUGCGUCUGGGUUCCAAAGUAAGGGAACAAGCACGACCACAAUAUUGCUACCAGGUACAAGAUUUCACCAUGCCGCUCCCGAAACAGUUGGAAGAUUUGCACAUGACGUGCAACAUAAACCAUCCCCGUGAAGCUCUGGCCCUUGCAGUCCAUGUGCUCAUGACUGAAGUUGGGUUUGAGCUAGAAGGCUGGCAAGAAACAUUGCCUGAUGGGAGCACAAGGGAUCACCCUGCCACUGAGAAUUUCUUUUGGGACAGGAGUGACUGCCUGAUGAAAAUUGGCUACAGCCAUCCUACUUGCCCUGCUGUGUCCUUCCUUGUGGCAUUCGUGCUGUUUGACCCAAGUGUCAUAAUCCAUGGGCUGGUUGCAUUUGAAAACAACACGGAAGGGUUCUCACUUAACUUGAGGAUUUCAGACUUCAUCCAGAAAGCAUUUCUGUCAGAUCCAGAGCCGAACAAAGUGUAUAAAAAUCUCCCCUCAUUGUCACGAGUUGUCAAGGAUUCUGUAGCACUUCCGCUUCUUGGAUGGGCCCAAAGUGUCACAAAUGUUGCUCCCACUUUUGGAUUCAUGACCUUAAGCUCUGAAAUCCAGCUCCUUAUUCUGGGUUACCUGAAUGUGCGAGACCUGCUCGCUGCAUCUAGAGUCAACACAGAUUUAUUUGAAUUGGCUUCUCAUCCUGUGCUUUGGCGGAAGCUAUUUUUGAAGAACUUUCCUUCUGUGGAAGUGUCACCAACUGACAAUGUUUCUGACUGGAGAGAGAGAUACAAGCGGGAGUACUUGUUGCGCAAGGAGCAGCAGGAGCAUGCUCUACGGAUACUGCCACGCAUGCAGUGCCCCAGAUUAGUGACGACGACUUCGACUUCGACGUGUUCAUGCAUCUCCCGCUACAAAGGAAGAGUCUCAUCUAUCAUCAAUAAUCAGUGCCAUCAGGCAUCCAGCUAUGAUGAAAUGCCCGCCCCAAGUGCUGUUGUCAUUUCUCAUGUUGUAAAGGGCUGGUUUUAUUUGACGAGUUCCAUCAAAAUCAGCUAUGUUGGUCUCUGCAGAAUUAUUCCUGUUGUAUUCAAACUGUUUUCACACUUGUAUCUGAUAAGCUGUUUGGGCCAAAAGUCUGGCGCGAGCAAUGAUCAGAUUCCCCAAUUAUCAAGCUAGAACAGCAGUAAAAAAAUCUAGCUAUUUUUAGUACAAGCAUGCAUGCCCAUCUUUGUAGGUACAAGGCUGAUCAGCUGAUAGUGCAAUGCUUAUUGUUGGCUCCCUACUCAUGUGGCCAUCAAACGAAAAUUCUCCAAAUUGCAUAAAAUUGUGUACCCAUCCCCCUGCCCCCACCUAAAAACAAACAUUAUAUUCACACUAACCAAAUGUGUGCCUUAGUUAUAGUCUUUUGUGUUCUGUCUCAUCAGACAUGGUUUCUUUGCUACUUGUAAUGCCUUUGUGCCUUCCACUUACAUUUUUGUGUGAACAAAGGAUACUGAUGAGAGAAAUUAGCACAACAAAAAACAACAAACACUGGAAGGGAAGAUGAAGAAAAGUGCAAUGGAAGACCAACUAGCCCAAGAAUUUAUGCUUCUAGAACAAGGGAUACUUUUGUUGAAAAGUGUUGCCGCAGUUGUGACCCAGUGGGUAGGAUACCCGACUUGACUGUGGGAGGUGCGGGGUUCUAUUCUCACUGGUGGGCGCCCACCAGUUUAUAAGAAGGGUACAUGCAACCCCUGGCCAGGCAUCUGGCUUUCCAAGGGUGCAUUGUUUGGGAGAAGUUUGUACAAACCACUAUGCUUGCAGUGCGAGAAUGAAGGCAAACAAAACACCGCGCAAAACUCGAAAAAGGACAGUUGCCAGUUCCAAUUCAGCAAUUUUCCAUCAAGUGGGUGUCCUUCCCAAGCGUGGAUCUCGCGCAUUUGCCAAGCACUGGGCUGAGAGCGAGCUUUUAUCUGUUUUAGCGGUAGAUACCUGGCGGCAGGACUUGUCUGCCUCCCACAACAGUGGCGGGAGCUUGACUAUUUUACCAUUGCUCUAGUGGAAAAGGGGCACCUAGAGACCUUUCAAAUCUCCCUAGGUCCCCUUUUUUGAGAUGAGAACCCCUACAGACAACCAAUCGCUGGGCCAGAGGACAUCUCUACCCAUUAGAAAAAAAACAGUGGGUUUCCGGUUCCACUGGAAUUCUAUCCAAGUACCUCCUGCAUACGAAAUAGACGCUCUACCAUUUUGCUACUUCUGUGCUUACUGUUACAUUUACUAUUACUUUGCCUACUACAGAUGGCCUUGUUUCCACCUUCUCCACCUGGUACAUCAGCUUGCACAUUCCCGCUUAGUUGUCUCUGUUUAUCCUU